UUUAGGGUUCUAAUAAAGGAGUUCUUCGCGGAUCCGGUAUGGCGCGAACGCUGGGCGCCGCUGGAUCCGACACGGCGGGAUGGUUCCUCAGCUUCUCAUCGCCCGCGACGAUCGUUCGCCUGCGCGAGGGCGGGGCGUACGCCGGAAGAUCGAGCAUCGAGGAGCUCCAGUCCAGCCUCACGGAAGCGGAGAGCGCCCGUGAAAUGGUGCUCGAUGACGACAUUGUCAAUUCGGUGGAAGAAUUUUGCUUCCAGGACGAAUUUAACCCCGUUUCCUUGUUCCAGCUACCGCUCGAGUGUGCUGGAGCUUCCUUGCAAGAAACGAUCUGGCUCCGGGGUAAGACCGAUGAUGGCCUUCGUCCAGUGGGAACGCCAGUGAAUGCCUGGAGUGUGGAGUUUGGUCCGGAAGGGGCACAGAUCUACGUGAGGAAUGAGCAAAAAAGAUGGAUCAAGCUGGGAAAGCAGGCAAAGGCUUACGAAGUGGAGUUUCUAAGCGUUUUUGUUCUGCUUAGUCUGCUGGAGUUCGCGAGGAAGCAUUUAUAUGCUUCCGAGACAACCAUUUGGAACCAUUUGCGUUCCCUCUACAGCUACCAUGACAGCAUUCCGACUCAAGAUGAGGUGUUGGAGAAUCUUUACGUCUUGAGGAAACUUGUAACUCUUGAUACGGAGCUGGGAGCUUCGGACUAUAUCCAAAGCUUGCUGAGAAAGAGGAGGAGGUCGUAUGACGAAGGAAGUUCUAGCAAGAGGCCGAGAUAUGAAUCCGAGGAGGAGGUGGACGGCGACGACGGCGUUGGGGAGUCUGUUUGUGCCAUAUGCGAUGAUGGUGGUGAUUUGCUAUGCUGUGAUGGUCCGUGCCUACGAUCGUUCCAUGGAUUCAAAACAGAAGGCGUCUCUUGCAAGACCUUGUGCCUGUCAGAGGCAGAAGUUAAGCACAUGGCAAAGUUCUUUUGUAAGAACUGCGAGCUCAACCAGCACCAGUGCUUCGCUUGUGGAAAACUUGGAGCAUCAAGCGGUCCCUUACAAGAGGUUUUCUUGUGUGACGUUGCUCUCUGCGGGAAGUUUUACCAUCUUCCUUGCGUGUCCAAGUUAUUGGGGGACACAGCUGCCAGAACUGGAUUUACGUGCCCUCUUCACAACUGCUUCAAGUGCCACCAGAGAGAAAAGGAAGAAGAAUCGCUGUGGCUGUAUCCGUGUAGGCGCUGUCCACGAGCCUGGCAUGAAGCUUGUUCUGGUGUAAGCUUUGCAGAUGACGACGAGGAUCGAAGGGGAUGGUUCAUAAAUCAAACAAGAUUUCUGUAUUGCAUGAACCACGUAGUGAUGCCCGAUUUGAGAACACCAAGAAGGGAUCACAUAAAGUUUCCGGAGAUACCAUCGAAAGAGCGUGGGAACAAGGCUGCAAUUAAUCUGCAGAGCUCUAAAAGCGUUCAAAUUUUGGAGCAACGACAAGGAAACAACAUUCUCCGUUCUGACACGCCCGCCGUCUUCUCCCAGAAGGAGGUGGAAGACACUGUUUCAAAGGUUAUGUCGAGCUGCAAGCUGACAUUUGAAAGCAUUACCGCACAAUUGACAGCUCCAAGCACUGCCAGGCCAAAUUCGAACAGGAAUCGUCAUUUGAACAGGAUACACUCGUUGCUGAAUGCUUUUCAAAAGGCAUCUACGUUCGUCCAAUGCGGCGGCAGUAUUGAGAAAGCUCAACUCAUCUUCUCGCCGAAGGACUUGAAGCUGCUUGAGAGCGCCAGAGACGCAUUGCGAGUUUACUUGUCGCCUAUGCUGUUUGGAAUGCGCUAUAGUUCCUUUGGGCGGCAUUUCACGCGUACUUAUAAGUUACAAUCGAUUGUCGACCAGCUCAGCUAUUACGUGAAUCCAGGAGAUAUGGUGGUGGACCUUUGCUGUGGAUCGAACGAGUUUUCACGGCUAAUGUCUGACAAGCUGACGGCCAUGAAGAAAGAUUGCAGAUUCAAAAACUUCGACUUUAUACAGCCGAGUGAUACGUUCCAUUUCGAGCGGAAAGACUACAUGGAAAUCCAACCAGAAGAACUUUGUUCCAGUGAUAAACUGAUUAUGGGUUUGAAUCCUCCUUUUGGAUUCAGGGCUCAACUUGCCAGCAAGUUUGUGGAGCAUUGCGUGAAGUUCCAACCCAAGAUUAUAGUGCUGAUUGCACCAGAAGAGACAAGAAGACCGGAUGGACGCUACUACGAAUUGACAUGGGAAGACAAGGAUCUGCUGAGAGGGGACGCAUUCUACUUGCCUGGAUCGGUGGAUGCUGAAGGAAAGACGAUAAAGCAGGAGAACAAUGUCCCUCCGGUUUUGUAUCUAUGGAGCCGGGUGGAUUUUGCUGAGGCUCACAGAAAGAUAGCCAGGAGGCAUGGCCAUCUUCGACGUAGUUCAGCUUUGGAUGCAAAGAGUGCUGCUAACAUUGAUGUGGGAGGUUAAGGUACUUCAAGUUCGUCGUUUGACGUUCUUUGUUCGGAACUGGACGGUUCCGAGCUUGGAAUCUCAUGUAAAAGGUAAGAAGAGAGCGUAAAUUGUCACUGGCAAAUUCCCCGGUCAACAGCAAGCAAGCUUUGACGUCACCUGGAAAGCGGACGAGACUCGACUUCCAGGUGAAGCUUCCAGUAGAGAACCACCGGACUAUGAUCAAGAGGCUCCAGCAUCCACAUCCUCGUCAUCCUCGUCAUCCUCGUCCGCCAGUUUUCCAGGUUUCAGAUUCAUCCUAUCGCCAUGGUGGAGCACUCAAAGGUAUACGACAGUUGGAGGUGACCACUGAUUCAAGAUCGUUGUGAAGUUUACAUGCACCGAGAAGACCACCCAAUGCUAACGAGCAGGGCAGCGGCGGGAUCUGAUGGAACAAGUCAUGAGCAUCCUGGAGCU